UAUUUUUCACAACAGUAGAAUCAUCAUUUCAGUUCAGAAUUUUUUUAUUUAAAAAUUAGUUAUUAUGAAAUUUGAACCGAUUACCUGACUACUUUGAUUCACCAGAGGAAUAAAAAGGAUAAGAAUAAUCUGUUGACUUUCGCCACCAUCGAGCUAUACCUUUUACACUCUCAACUGUGCUUAUCGAAUUAUUAAUUUAUCGUGUCAAAAAAUCGCGAAAAUCUGUAACCAAGUGAUCUUUACUCUACCCUCGUCGCCAUCAUCAUUACCAGAUUCAACAUAACCACCACAAACAUAAAAUAUGUUACAUCAAAAAUUUCUUUAAUGGAAAGAAUGAAGUUUGUGGAUUCAUUGAUUAUAAAACUCAACCAGUUGUAUUAACUUCAUCAACUUGUUAACCAAAGCCUAAUGAUAUCAAAUUUUAUAUCAAUAAGAAUAAUAUCAACAUCACGGAAAUCGGGUUUGAUUGAUAAAAUGGGUUAGCUUCGAUGGAUGUUAAAUGAAUCUCAUUUUUUGUUAAUACUCUUUGGAUGUCCAAUCUCACUGACAGAAUCAAUUAAACUCAUCUGGUUGUCAUUUUUUCGAGAGACUCGUAAAAGCUUGCCAUCAUCAAAAUAAGGAAUAAAAGUGGAAUUAACAUGCACCAAUUAUUUGUGGAAGUGUUGACCAAGAGAGAUCUCUCCAGAGCCGGCGAUUUAUUUUCCAUUGAGGAUAAAAGCAUUAUCACUGAUUUGUCAGCUUUAAUUAAUGAAAUCCAACGAAUUUCCAGCUCUAGAGAUUUCAAUAAAGUCAACAACGAUCAAAGUGUCAUCGAAAUUUGCUUAGCUCGCAUUACCUCUGCUAUUAGAGAUUCGGGUACAAUAGAGGAGCAUGCACCAGCUUUGGUUUCUCUCUUAGAAUCAUGUCUUCAACAUGACCUUAAACCAAAUAAAAAAGAUGAGGAUCCACCACAUGCUAAAAUAGCUUCCGAUGUAGUUUCCUGUAUUUUUCUCAAUCACACUAAAAAAUCAUUGAUGAGAAUCGCGGUUCCAGUGGCCAUUAAACUACUUCAUCGAGGGAAUAAAGAAUUGAGCAGAAAUCUUUCAAGUUAUUUGUCACUUGCUGCCAUUAACAAUGCUGAAGUAUUGUCACCUCAUAUCCAGCCCAUUAUCGAUUCAAUUAUUGGUGGCAACUAUUCUUUGGUGCGUGUUUUACCAAAAAUUUACACUGUUAACAAGGAACCUAUUCAUGAUCAUGUAAUGGCUCUUGUUUCACUUUUACCUCAAUGUGAUACACCAGAAAAGCUCUCUUUACUUCAUCUUUUUGCUCUAAUAUCCAAGAACAAACCAUCCAUUUUGGAAUCAAAUUUACCACAAUUUAGCGAAUGUCUGGCUCAAUCUCAAACAGCUUAUCAAACUUUACAAAUUUUCCUUGAUAUGGCUCAAGUUGAUCCAAGACCUUUUGUUGAAUAUGUUAGUCGUGUUAUUACUGCUUGUGAACUUCAAAGUGGAAUGCUUUCAAUAGCUGCCCAAUUUCUUGGCAUUAUUGGUAAACUGGACGUUGAACAAGCCUGUGACUGUGUUCGUUUCCUAACCUCUCAAUUGUCACGAUCCGAUUUAUCAACCACCAUCACACUUUUGCGAGAGAUCAAAUCAAUCGUUGAAGUAUUUCCAUCAUUAAUCCCAUCUUUUCUCAACCAAAUUCUAGUACAAACGGAAAACAGUUCAUCAGCAACAGUUCAAAUUUACCUUCAACAACUGAAUACUCUCAAUCAACAAGUAACAUCAUCAAAUGCUAUAACAGUUGUCCGUGUCAAUUGUGAUAAUAAUUUGGGCAAGACAACAUCUGGAACCGGAGUCCCUGGAAGCAGUUCAUUGACUAACAAUAACAAUUCUGGUUUAGCUGAUUCAUUAAUAUCAACUUCAUCCUCAGCCCAACACCAGCCUCGUUCAAAGGGCAUCUAUUCGCUGUCAAAUAAUGCUUCAACCUAUCACCAUCGAAGUAUUCCACGAUCUGCUAACCUUCAUGGUAUUUCAUCCAUAUCGUCUUCUUCAUCAACAACAGGACAACCUCAUUCUCUCCAUCACCACCACCACCAACAGCACUCUAACAUUUUCAGCCACUCUGGACCUUCACAUUCCAGUACAUCGUCUACAAAUGGAUUUUAUCGUUCCAUGACUACUUUAGGUUUACCUAGUUACUCUUCUCGUCAUCAAGUUAACCGUCGAUCCAUUGAAAGUAUAAUGGCAGGUACUACCGCAUCGGGCUCACAAAAAAGUGCCUCCUCAUCUUACCUUUUAGCUCUACAAGAAAAAGAAGCUGCUGCAUCCAAAUCAAAAACCGUUGCAACCUCAGUCGAUUCGCAACUGCAACAGGGUAACGCUGCCUUUUCCUCAACCUCAUCUCACUAUAACAUUGAAGCUUCCCGGUCUGAAGGUAUCUCAAGCAGUUUAAAUUCAAAAUUACGGGCCACAUCAAGCGGAGAACACCUUAAACAAAGUCGAACAUCUCUUCUUGAACCUUAUCCAAUGAGAGAUGCCGUUCAGCAUUUUUGUGAGAAACACAUUGACAAGAUAAAAGCUUAUAUGCAAAAAAUUUCAGUUAAAAUACCAUUACCUGUUAAAUGUACCAUAGAAGAAAAAAAGGCCAAGAAACUUGCCAAACUUCACUUUGUUUGUCAGGGCAAAGGAACAAAUUGUUUGUACAGUAAAACUUUUUUUACCAUGAAGACACGAAACGCACGAAUUUGGAUUCAUCUCAUGUUUCUGGCUCUCCAAGCCAAAGCACCUACCGCCUUAUGUACCAAUGAAGCCUCCGUUAAUGCAUUGAAAAACUGUUGGGAUACACUUAAAGCCGAUAAUAAAACCUUCCUUACCUUAGUAACUUCAUCCUUUCCCUCUACUAAAGACCAAGAUUUGCUGAUGGCUGAGUUAAGAUCUUCACGAUAUUUCGAUGUCUUUGAAUUCAACGCUUUAGCUAAUAUCUGGGGCUGUUUUCUUUGUAAUCAUCCUGAUCGUGCCAUUGAAUUUUUACAAAACUCGGAACCUGUUAUUGAGGGCCAAUUAAAAGAGAAAAAAGGCAAAUGGAAGCUCUUUCGUCGAUGGAGAACUCAUUAUUUCACUCUAUCUGGACUUAAUUUAUCUUAUAGAGAAUCGAAAGACACCAAAGAAACUCAGCCGAUCGAAAUCGGGGAAAUAUUGAGCGUUAAAGCCAUUCCUAGCUCAAAAGGAAGAACUAUUCCUAAAGCUUUUGAAAUAUUCACAAACGAGGAUAAAACAUACGUUUUAAAGGCCAAGAAUAAUUUAAAUACAGAGCAAUGGGUUCAAUGUUUAUCAAUAGCCAUGGCACAUUCACAAGCAAAAGACACAAAUGGUUGAAUGACUUUAUCCUGAUAAUUGGGCAAAGAUGGUCAUUAUUUUACUUGUUUAACUUAAUUUAAGACGACAAUCAAAAGAAAGGACAAAAUCAUCAACGAGGACUAGUUCACAAUCCAUAUACCUCGUCGAUUUUUGUUGAUUGAUAAACAAAAAAAUGUACGAAAAAAAGGAGACAAAAUCUUUCAGUUAUUUCCAGUUUUCAAGUUAACUUACUUUCAGCAAGUUGAAAUUGGCAAACAUCAACAAAAAAAGUUUCAUAAAUAUUCAGAUUAAUUAAUUUUAGGAAAUCAUUGAAUCGAUACAGAAAUAUUUUUUUACAAUACAGCGUAUUACAAUGUUUAAUUGUUAGGACUGAAGAAAAAUUGACAACGUGAGUUCCACAAAUCAUCUUCAUUGAGCUCGAAAAUGCAGAAUCCUAAAGAUUUCUUAUUUACCAGUGUCAAUUUCAAGAGAAAUACAUUUUUAAAUUUCAACUUUACUCUUCAAUAGUCAAAGUUAACGUUUUACUGACUUAUACAUCACUUCGUGUUCACUACCCUUUUGUCUUCUACCUUUCGUUUUUUUUGUUUGUAUGUAUUUAAUAGAUUCUUAUACUUUUUUACAUACACUUUAAUAAAUAAUGUUUUUACUUCUGUGAUUA